UUCAGCUCGCACAGCCAUGGCAGACAGCGGCGCCUUGCCUCUCCAGCAGUACAUGGCGUCACUGGACGGCGCUUGUCUGCCCAGAAUCCUGCAGGUCUGCUCGGGCGUGUACUUCCAAGAGUCCAUCUAUGAGAUCUUGGGGAACGAGGUGUGCUUUUCCACCGGGGACGUCAUCAAGGUCACCGGCUUUGAACUCCUGUCCGUCUCCUGCGAAGACGUCAGCAGCAAGGAGACGUUUGAGCUGCCCAUCAACCACACAGGCUCGUUUAAGAUCGUUCCUGAGGUGCAGCCCUACAGCACCGUGGAGGAACUGGUCAAGCUGAGGCCGGUGGACUUACAGUCCUCCCUCCCCGUCACCUUCACCAGCCGCUCCAAAGUGGCCCUGGGGGAGGUCACGCUGGGGGAGGGCGCGGUCUUGACCCUGCUGUCCGUGGAAGGCGACCGGUGCAGGUGCCAGGUCCGAGGCCAGAGCGAGGCUUCGGCCGAGGCGUACGUGCCGCUGGCCACGCGCGGGGAGUUCUACGUGUGCGAGGGCGAGGAGUGCUUCACCCUCCGGGAGAUCAUGGCGUCGCCGUGUCUGCGCAGUCAAAGGUUCCGCUUCAUCAACACCACCAUGUGCCAGCGGACCCUCGUCCUCAGUCCCGUGUUCCAGAUGUGUGGCGUCAUGAACUUGAGGAAGAACGUGCUGAGGUUCUCGUCCAGCUUAGAGGUGGAAGUGGUGGACAUCACCGACGUGUGCAAGGAGGUCAACUUUGUCUCCCCUCUCAGUCUCACGGAAGUCCAUUCCCAGCCUGAAGAAUCCUUCCCGGUCGUCGUGGAGGUCCUGGAGGGGCCGGAGAAUCUCCCUUUGUUGAAUUGCGAAUGGCUGCCGCAUCUCCAGAAGGAGACUCUGUUGAUUUUCCACAGAAAGAGAACCUCAGCCAUGGUCAUGAUGUCCAGCGUGAAAAACCAAAAGUCGCAGCAGUACUUUCUGGUCUCUAAAGAGUACGGUGGACAAUUCCGGAGGCGUCCCAGAGGGUUUGAUUCUGUCUACGAGAUCCACGUGGCCAGCUCUUCACAAACAUCAGUGUUGAAGCUGUUGGUCACGAGGAACUGUGAGGAAGUUGAGGAGGAAGGACUUCCUGGGCUCAAUGUCGGGGAACAGCUGGAGGUGGUUGGUUGUCAAGAAGUCCAGCUUCCAUGCGGACAAGCUGAGAGGCGGUCGGUGGAAGCUCUCGUUUGCCGGCGCCUCCAAGAUGUGGAUGAAGCAGAUGAGGACGAUGAGGUUUUCCUGCCUUUGUACAUGCAAGGACACUUUGUGGAGGUUCUCAGCGACAACAAAAAGUACAAACUGGAAGACUUGGGCAGGUUGUUCAAGUUGCCGCUGGAUGUUAAAGCCGUGAGUCGGGAUCCGGAGCUGGUGGCCGACCCUCUUGUGAGCUUUAACUGUCUCCGCAUAGAGGGGGCCACGCUGGAGCCCACCAUCUUGGCGAGCUUGUUGCACAAGCCGGAGCUCUGCUUUGAGAUCCCCGUCCAGAGGAUAUCCAUGUCCGUCUGCAAAACCCAGCACGCCCUGCCGUGGGCCGCAGACCAGACCCCCGAGUGCCGCGUGGAGAGUGUUACCGAGGUGACGGACAGGUUCUUAUACCAGUUUCAUAAAGAGAGCAUGACGAGUGCGAGACCUCCGCCCAGACCCCCAAAAGGAAUUCUGUCUGACUCGACCACAAGGCCGCCGAAAGCGACUCAAAGCACGCCGAGCAAAAAGUUUGGUAGCUUGACCUUAAGAAGCAAAAGCUUUUCACUGCCGCCACCUGUUUUCCGACCAACUAUCGCAGACAAACAGCCACCAGCCACACCGCGCAGGUACUCGGCAGCUCAGACCCUGCCUGCAAGGGCACUGCCCAACACUUACUCAAAGCGGGGCACUCCGGUUAAAGAGUCACCAAAGCACACGGCAGAAGAUGACUACGAGGAAGUUGAGGACCUGAUCACGGUGGUCUUAAAUAAAGUCCAGAAGAAUGCGGCUGCCAACUGACGACGCAGUGCCGAAACAUUUUUGUGCAAGAAUAAUUACACACAAAACUGGAGCUCUUAGCUAAAAACUGCAAUUCUGCUGAGAAAAACAAUAAAAGACGGACAUGUUGGAUAACA